AUGACAUCCUGUCCAGCAAUAGUAGUGAUGAAGAAAGCGGAGGAUACGAUAGUUACAGAGGAUAAAACACUUCAAAAGAAACCUAGCUCUCUUCCAAGUGCAUCAACAGGUUCAGGAGAAGAAACUGAAAAGUCUGAAACGACUAACAAGAG